ACUGCAACGUUCAUCAAUCUGCAGGUCAUUAAAUCUUCGUUGGAAGAAGGUAUACAAUCGAGAAGGAAGAAUGCUACUCCAUGACUGGCUAGUAAUUCUUACAGCUCAGUACAAUGAAGCUUGCAAACUCUCAAAGUCUGGACGUGGGAGUUCAAACAUGGCUCAUAUCGAUGUUUCUUUCUCCCAAUGCCCACAGUUGCAGCAUCUCCCUCGCUUAGUUUUUGCUCUCUUACGAAACCCUCUUCUCCGCUUACACGAAGAAGGUGUACAUCCAGACUAUAGAAUAUACCUCCAGUGUCUGUUCAGUGCAUUAGAACCUUCUUCUCUUCACCUGGCUACAUAUCCACUGCUGUCCUCGUUUGCAUCACCUGAUAAACAAGCUUACCCUCGCCACUCCCUGAGCCGUGCUGCAUUGAUAACCAUUAACCAGCGGCAGCCCCAUAUUUUUCCUCGAUGCUUUCACAGUUCUCAUCGUCUACUAUUCAUCUACACCUGACCCUUCACUCCCUUUUCCUCCACCUCAGGACUGUUUACUGAGAACGAUAAUAAACAAGCGGAAGCAGG